CUCGGAUAUAUAAUAAAUAUAAAAAACUUUCCUUACUCUAAUUCGGCGCAAUUUUCAUUUCUUCUGCUUUCUUUAUUCUCUUGUCACCAUGUCUCUUAACAGAAAAAUCACUUUAAACAACAACGCACAAGUACCUCUUGUUGGUCUUGGUACAUGGUUAAGUAAGCCUGACGAAGUCAGAAAGGCUGUCAAGUAUGCUCUCGAAAAUGGUUAUCGCCAUUUGGAUUGUGCCUAUGUCUAUUGUAACGAAGAUGAAGUUGGUCAAGGUCUUAGAGAAUCUGGUGUUCCUCGUGAUCAAGUCUUUAUUACAUCCAAGCUCUGGAACACACAUCACCGUAAGGAAUAUGUCAAGCAUGCUGUCAAGGCUUCUCUCAAAGCUUUAGGUGUUGAUUACCUUGAUCUUUACUUGAUUCACUGGCCUGUUUCCUUUGUCAACCCUGGUAAGCCUGAAGACACUCCCGUUGUCCCCAACAUGGAUUACCUUAUCCCUAAAAAAGACGGUGUUGUCCAAGUCGAGACAGUAGAUCAUCUUGAGACCUGGAAGGCCAUGGAAGAACUCGUUGAUGAAGGUUAUGUUAAAGCCAUCGGUAUCUCCAACUACAAUAUCGAAAAGACUAAGAUCAUUUUGGACAACUGCAGAAUCAAGCCUGCCAUGAACCAAAUUGAAUUACACCCUGCUUUGCAACAACCUGAACUUGUCAAGUUCUGUCAUGACAACGGUAUCCAGGUCACCGCCUACUCUCCUUUAGGUAACAAUGUCUAUGGUGAAGAACGUAUUGUGGAUGAUCCUAUUAUCGUGAAUGUGGCCAAGAAGCUCAACAAGUCGCCUGCUCAAGUCUGUAUUGCCUUUGCUGCUCAACGUGGUGUGGUUGUGAUUCCCAAGUCUGUCACACCUAGCCGUAUUACCGAAAACUUCCAAGAUUUCAUUCUUCCUCAAGAAGAUUUUGAUGCCAUUGCUUCUUUGGGCUCAAGAAACAUUCGUUACAAUGAUCCUGGUACCAAGGAAUGGUCUUGCUCCAUCUUUGAAUAAACAAAAUCAAUAAUAAUAAUAAAAAAAACCAUGUAUAUUAAUGAGGCAAAUUCAUCAGAGAUAAAAUAUCGUGUUCUAAAGAAAGAUAAAAAUGGACUUUUGGUAUCCAGCUUUGCUCUAAGAGUGACUAGAAACACGCC